AUGGCAUUCACGAUUGAAGAAUCGUUCGCUUGCAGCUGCCGUACAAUGGUGACGGCUGUCCAGUCCAAUAUGGUCGGAAUUCUUCGGCGAUUUCAUAUCUACCCAUCAGGCACAGCAUGGAGUGAAUUUAGGUCAGAGGGACCUCUUUCUCACUUGAGGAGAUUCAGUGCGCAUCCGUUUCUUUUCUCUGCUCAGUCGAAACCCGAAAGUCAAGCUGAACAAAAAGGAAAACCAGUCUAUCCUACUCGUGCUCUGUCUGACGUCACUGAUCACCGAACGAAAAAACGCCGGCGUCUGUAUACACCACGCAGGCACACACAUCAAUCUGUCCCUUGCAUGCAACUUCGCAGCGGGAAGUGCGAACCAUCCCCUGGCUCCAGCCCGCCUCGCCUUCCCUUGAAGUCGGUUAAUGAUUCCCAACCCUCAGAAAUGCCUUCGACCUGUGAGUAUGGCACUCCCCCAGCAGCAUCUUACGCUUCUGCGCCUCAAGUGAAACCGAGUUCUGUCCACGCUGCACACACUUGGACCAGUCGUUCUGCUAUGUCGAAUCCACGUUUCUUAACGUCGUCAGAUUCCGCGAUUAAUUGGGAGCAUGUCAAGGUAGAGCCUAUUCUUACUUCCUUUGAAUCCAGAACGCCACUUUCUAAGACAGACGUUGGUAUCGUUCUUAGACAUGUAGAGGAAGAUAGAAAACGUACUUUUUCCGGAACUUCACAUGGCGGAAAUCUGUCCGAUGCCACGGAAUCAACGAGCUCCAUGCCAAACAUCGCACCGGACAGUCGUUCAGAGGAUAUGAUAAGGGAAGUACCCACAGUUACCUACACCGAUUCACCUCCUGAUUCGUGCUCACGAAGCGCCAACAGACGUAACGUCCAACACUCACAGAACACACAUAAAUCCGCUCCUCGAUCCAAACGGAGGUCUACUGUGUCUGUCGCAGGAACAGAAAACAGUCUGUUCGAUGUACCGAAGAGACCAAAGAGACGUGGAUCUGUCGAGUUGUUGGGGGAACCAUCAAUCCACUAUAGUCCGGAUCUCAAGAACAAUCCUCUCUCCGUUCGUGAAAGGCGUUCCGUCACAUUGUCCGCGUCCUCUGUUCAUCGAACGCCUAUUUCCUCAUCCAAUGAAGUCGAAUCGGGCUUGAAGUACCUGUGUACUUCUACAAACUAUCACCUACCAGAUUUCAGCCUUCUCUCACCCCCCAAACCACGUGGCAAACGUUUUCCUGAGCACUCGCCUGAUGAGGAAGAAGAGGACGAUUUAUCCAGUGAAAAAACUUCCUCUACUAGCUACAUCGAAGUUCCUAGCUGGCGAGUCCUUCCUCUCAGUGCAAUACAGCAAUCCCUUAGAAAAUCCGAACUAGCGAAUAAAAAUGUCCCCAGGAUGUCACAUCGGAGGACUGCCUCGGUUGCAGACCAGGCACAUGAGCCCAUUCUGCGAACACUGCGUGCUGGUGUUAUCCGAAGUCCAGGUGUUCUCGAAUCCACUUCAGAUUUAAUCAGUCCGCCUGAUACCACGUUGUCUUCGUCAUUUACUGGCACCUCGGUUCUCUUCCCACCAAAACCCUCCGGGUCACAAACAGAUGUAGAAGAUACCUCAGAUGCAGCGUACAGUGCGCGACAUGCCAGAUUAGAGUUUGAGGAGAUUCGCCGUGAACGGCGCUGUCGUCUCCGAAACUUCGAGCUGGAGUUGAAGCAUCGUCUGGAGCAGAAGGAGCGCGCCAGUUGGGUGUGUUUGAAUUCUGUCUAG